AUGAAUAUAGGCAGUAAUCUGAAAUAGAAGUAGUAGCCUCCGUAAUUUUCAACAACUUUGCAGUCAGGCAUCAGGCCUGGGCAACUAAUUACCUCAAUGAAUGGUUUGCCUUCACCAAAUCCACUCACUAACCCAUAGUUAAUGCUUAAUACUGCUAAGUCAAUGUCAAGUGCUUAGUUAAACUUUGGAGGUACUACAUCUAAAAACGCUACUAAGGUAUUUGAGUAUGAGUAAAGCGCUGAUAAGAUGCAUGGAACAAUCAGUGGGGCAUAUGAUAUAUAGCCGCAAUAUUCAGUGCAUUCCCCUCUCAGGAAUAAUGAAAAUAGGAGAGAUUAUUUGAAUUAGCAGUUUACCAAUAAUACUAAUAUCUCGACAGGCAAUCCAAUGAGCCUUUAGGGAGAGUCCGCAGUUAGAGGCAGGAGAUUAGGAGGUAAAGAGUUAGAUGUCGUAUGUAGUAUAGGCUCAUAAGAUGCAUUCAAUAUUGAGUUAUUGAACUCAUAUAACUCUCAGGGAUUUGAGUAUUUAAGUAAUCAACUAGGUCUGCAAGUAAGAGAUAGAAGCGAACACUCCAAAGAUGGAAAGAGUAGUGGAACAAAUAAUAAUGCUUUUAAAACCAGAAAGGGUUCGACUGACUCUCAGGCCAGACAAGGGAGAUUUAAUUCACAUGGGAGAAGUGAUAAGAAAAGAGGUAAAUCAAGCUCUAAUUCUUAGAGCCGAUCAAAAAAUCCUCAUGAUUAACGUAUAGCUGGCCUAAAUUAUUAAGCACUUAAUCCAAGCAAAAAUCCUACUCACACAUUAAGUAGCACAAUGAAAAGGCCAAAUAGUGCAAGCACUAAAAAUCUUAAAAAGACAACAUCUAUGGCAAAUAUAUAAAAUGGUCCCAAAAAUAUGGUUACUUCACCUACUUAGGCUAAUUUGAUUAGAGAUGUUUCAACAAACUUACUCCCUCCUAAGAACCCUAAACCAAAUAGAAAUUAAACGUAUGCCAAACUCCCUGGAAAUAUUAAUUAGCCAGUAGGAGCUCAUCCAUUAACUGGAUAAUCUUAAUCUUCAGUAUCUAAUUCAACAAGUAAUAAAAGAGCACCAUCAAGCAGUUUAGAAAGAAAAUCAAAUCUAGGUAAUUCAAAAAGUAACUUUAACACUCAUAGCCAAGAAUUGGCUACGUUUUCUCCCGUAAGAAAAAAUUUGAUAGAUUUUAACACAUAACCAACAUCAAAUCAUAAAAUAAUUAACUCUGGAGGUAAGAACUAGAUGUCUAGGAAAAAAAAUAAAUUGAAGCAAUAAUCUAAUACAAAGGUAAAAUCACCAGUGGGCCACAUUUACACUUCGGAUACUUAAAACUUGUAAAUGCUAUCUCCAAAUAUUGGUAGAAUCAAGUUAGAUUAAAUAAUAAACGAAGAAAACAAGGAGGACAGUUUUAAUAGACAGCCAUUGUCUUCAUUCGAUACUUCUGACUUGAAAAUUCAUCAUGAUAACCCAAAUUUUGGUCUCAGCUAAAAUCACCACAUAAUGUCUGGGCAGUAAUUUGAUUCUCAAGAUUCAUCACUUUCUAUUAGGAUAUAGAAUAAUAAUCAGGCAACUCACUAAAGAAUCAUGCAGUCUGAUCCUAAAAUUCAUGAGGAGAUCCAGAAAUAGCUGUAUCAGCAUAUUUUGGAAGAAGACAAAAAAAAGAAAAAAGCAAUGAAUCUCAGGAAAAAUAAGGAAAAUGUUGAAAAACUAUUAUAAAGCAAUGACCUUUAAUUGUAGUAGCAAAGAAAACUAAAUAACAAGGAGCAUAUCAAGUAAAUGAUGGAGUAAUAGCUAUAAAAAUUAAGUCUUGCCAAGAAACUCAAGAAACCUCUACCUACAAACCCUGUAGUUGACCAAUAAUAGAAAGAGUAUGUUAAAAAGGAGUAGGAAUAACAAAAGAUAAAACGCUAAUAAAGCAGAGAGUAAUAUCAUAAAUAGAGGGAAGAAUUGUAGGAAAUUAGAGUAAUGAUGUAAGAUACACUGAAACAGCCACUUAAGACUUCAAGUUCUAAUAGCCAAACAAGAAAAAGAACUGAUCUAUCAAAAAGUCAAUAAAGACCAUUUAGUGCUAAAGUAGGUGGGGAUCAAACAUAAUAACUAUUAAUUAAAGUUCCACCAGUUCAUAUAGAAUCAAGCCCAUAUGAUCCAGUUUACCAUCAGUAAUAGCCUAACCCUCAUACGGAAACUUCUCCACUAAAGAGUAAUAAAUAUGACCACAAUAAAGCCUCUAUGGCAUCAGGUGUCACUUUAAGUGAAUAGAAUUAGAAAAUCUAUGAUUAAAUGAAACCAGAAAUUGCUGAAUUUGUCAAGAAACAAAAAAGAGAGAGAUCUAAGAAGAGAAAGAUGGAAGAAGAACAGGAAAUCAAUCAAAUUCAAUCUAAAGCAAUAGGCUUGCAACUAUUAAGACAAAAAUGUGAAAAGGGCUUAGACAAUCUGAAAAGUUCUCAUUAGUUAGGUCUUAAUAGAAAGAUUAGAAAAUCUUAGAAGAACCUAAAAUCAUAGAAGACACUUGAUAGUGUAAAGGAUCCAAACAUCUUGAGAAAGGCUAUGUAAGCAAGAUCUAAGAGUAAAAAGAGAAUAGAUGAUGAAAAGGAAAAUAGAAGACUUAGCAUCAGCCCAGGUAAAUAGCAUUCACAAUAAUUAAAUUCUAAAGAGGGGAGAAGUGGCACAAAAUCCAGAAGUGAUAAAAAGAGAAAACAAAAGUAACUUCACAAUAUGAUGUCUGAGGCAUAACUUCAUAACAUGCAAUUGAAUGUAAUGGAGCUACUUCAAUAAUAAAACCCUCCAUCCCAAUAAGCUCAUAAGACACUAAGAACUUCCGGAGAAGCUAAAACCAAAUUAGGUCUUAAUAAGAAUUUAAAAUCUCAAACAGUAGCCAAUCUUCACUAAGCUCUCUUCUAGCAAUAACAGGAGGGAAUAGGUGCAAAGAAAAACUAAAUUUAGAUAACAAAAGCAAUGCUAAAGACUAUUUAGAUGAGAAAGCAAUCUCAGAAAAGUUCUUAGUCUAAUUCACAUUAUGAUGGGGACAAGUCAUCCCAAAACUAAUAGGAACUUUCAUUUAAUUAACAGUAGUAACAGUAAAACAUAAUGGUUUAUCCUCCAUUGGAUUAAAACAAUCAAAUGAGCAUCAUGAUGUCCUCUCAUCCUAGUAGCAUCAAGCAUCUUCUUGAUUAAAACCAUUUGCCAGGUAAUGACUAUAACCAUAUGUUUAUGAGUGAAUAACAUCAAGAGUUGACUCCAAUAAUAUAAAAUAAGGGGUCAAAGAGAAACUAAGGAAACUAACUAUUUCAUCACAACAUGGAGAUGUCUAAUCCAAAUGAUAACAAGUAUAAUCACGGAAUUAGACCAAUAGACAGCCUCUAGAGCUUCUAGCUAGGCCCAAAUCCUAUUUCAAGUGUUGGCCAAAGCAGAGACGACAUCAGCAUCUUUAAAUCUCAAGAGAAUUUCAAUGAUCAAUAAAUGAUUAAGGUUGAUCCUUAUUAUCAUGACCAUAGACCCUAAUCGUCAUAGAAUGCUUAAGCAGAAAGAUAACUUAGAAGUAGAUCAGGAAGUAUCGAGGGUGGUAGCACCUAAGCUAAAUAAAAAUCAAACAAAAAGAAGAGAUCAAAUAAAAAAUAGAAAAACCCAGUUCUAAAAUAGUAAAUUGAGACGAUGUAAUAAUAGGUUUAAAUUUAAUAACCUGUAAUCUUACUGAGUCCUUCAAAAUCAAGUAACAUAGCUGAUAAUGUGAGAUAAAAUUCUGGAUCUAAAACAAGAAAGAGUUAAAUUGGCUAGUCAUCAUAGCAAAGAAAAGGCAGUGCAGGCUACAAGAGAAACAAUGCCUAGUAGCAACCACUUGUUUAAAUGAAUACGAUUGGAGUCAAUAACCAGGUUAACUUAAAUAAGAUAAAACAAAAUAAUACUAAUGCAGUAGCCAGACCAAGAUCAGCUAACAUUAUGACAAAGGCAAAUAUAAUAGAGAUGCUCUAACAAAAGCAGCAAUAAGAUCAAUAAGAGAAGAUUUUUCAUUUUAUGAGACAUUAAGCUUCAGUCACCAUUCAAAAGAACCUUAGAAGAUUCCUCGCUAAAAAGCAUACUAUCUAACUUUAAAGAGAGAAAUCUAAGGUAGAGAGAGAUUUAAGGCUUGUAUAAUAAAAAUACUGGUCUUAAUAACAAUAAUAGCAAUAGAUCAAUGAUAAUCAGCCAAGGAAAUAAAAGUCUCCUAUAAAGUAACUAUUCUCAGAGUCAGCUAAUCAGUAAGUGUAGUUCAAUAACAACAUUAAUAUACUUGACGAAGAAGUUAAAAAUGAUAGAAAUGAGAGAAGCGUCACUAGUAGUUAUGACUCAAAGCCAUCUCAACUAUCAAGAAGUGAGGCCAAUCUUAAGCAUUUAAUAGCUUAGGAAUAAGAUAAAUUUAAAAAGUAAAACAGACCAGGAUCUUCUGAUAACUUAAAGUAUAAUAAGAACUAAAGUCUAAUUAAAAAUGACUCUAUAAGUGAGAAGAGCUCCAAGAAUGCAACUGAUAAGAGAUCAUAAUCGAACUCUCAAUAGCAAUAGUAAAUGAAAUAGUCAUAAUUACAGUAGCCUAAAAGAAUCGAAGCAGUUUAAUUGAUUGAUAUCGAGUAAGAGCCUAGAAUAAGCAGAAACCUUAAUGACUAAUUUGAUUCUAUGACUAGUUUAAAUAGACUUUCAAAUGAAUUAAAUUUCAAAGAUCAAUCUAAAGAGGAGAGCAGUAUAAAAAAUCAGAGGAAGUUGGAAGAGUCUAAAGUUUAAGAUUCUUUCCUUAAGAGUGUCGAAAUGCAUGAGUCAUUUAACAGACCACUGCAAACAAACUCUUAAUUACAUAAGAAGUUAGCAGCUCAAAGGCCAAAGAAUGAAGAUAACCUUGGAAAUUUCUACAACAAUAGCCAUCAAAUUCACAGCAAUUCUCAGAUACUUAGCAGUGAUGAAAGAGAUAUAUCUUGGCAAUUCGAUAGAAGAUCUUUCUAAGACCUGUUUGACCCCUCAUCUCAGAUUCUUAAUAAAGAAAGCAAGAGAUAAUCACUAGAAGCAGUGAUGACUAGUGAAUAAAAAGCUGUCUUACCAAGUAACAUCUACAACUAGUAUGAGAAUUAUAUGAAUGAGAUGUAGAAAAAAGCAGAUUUGGGAAGACAAGAACUUAGCAAGCUAAGUGAUCGACUAUAUCUCUCACCAGCUAGUAUGAAGAAGAAGCAGUAACUUUAAAAAUGGGUUGAAAGAUAAGAAGAUGAGCUAAAUCAAAAGAAGAACUUUAUGAAGGAGAAUAUUGAUGAAUUCAUUUAAAAGUUGUAACACGAAUUUCAAGUACCAAAAAUUAAACAAGGAUCAGGCAGAAAGGACUCUGUGAAGUUUAAUGUUUCUCAUGAAAUAUCCUAAAUAGAUAUGUCACUUGGUCACAUUACUUCUUCAAGCAUCAGUGCAACUCCAAGAAUAUAUAAUGCAAACCAAAUGAUCUAAAAACAAUAGGAAAAAUAGCAAAACAUAAGUGUUAACAACAACAGUAAUCAAAUUAAUCAGAAUAGUAUCAUUAAUUAAAGCGAUAGAGAAAGUGUAGUUUCUAAGCCAAACAAAAAGCUAUUCGAUUAUAAGAUCCUAUCUAACAAAGAUUAAUCCUAAACAUCUGCAGUCCAAUAGCCUUCGAAGAAGCUUAGCGAAUAGAGUCUCAAUAAACUUGUUCAUGAUGAGAGCAAGGACUAAAGUGUCAGAAGCAAAAUUAAAAGUCAAAUUGGCAGAGAUAGCAGUCUGAUGGACCAGAGCUCUAGGCAAAUCGGAACUGAGGAAAUCAAACUUGAAUUUAAUAAUGACAACGAAGGUGAGCGAAGUAACAUAUUCAAAUCUAAUCUGUUUGAGCAAGAGUAAAAAUCAAGCAAUACCUCUAAAUCAUUCGCACAUUAAGCACAAAGUGAUAAAAAUCUCAGAGAAUAAUCGGAGGGUGUUACAACUAGCAACAAUGAUGAUGGCUACCCAGUUGAUGAGGAUGAAGGAGAGAGCUUAUCUAAGAUGGAGCCUCCACAGUUUUAGUCCCCUACAAUGUCAGCUAUAUCUCCAAACUAAUAAAUGAAGGACUAUUUUAGCGAUGAAGAAGAAAAAGUAGGUCCUCAUCCCUUCUAAAUAGGUAAAUUCCAAGACAACAAUAAUGAUAUGUCGAAAAAAUCAAAGCAAGAUGAGUUCAAAUUUGGAGGUGUUGAUAGUGACAGAGGCUAUAAAGAUGCGUUUAUGGCUUUAAAGGAGCCAGAACAACCAAUAACAAUGGAAAAGGCAAAGUAAAUUAUUGAAGAAAAAGAGUAAAGAGAGGUCUAAACAGAAAUACUUACAGAUUUCAUUCUAGGCUUGUUAGUAGAACAGCUGAAAAUGAACUUAUUCCCAAAGAGAGUAAUAAUACCCAUGAAAUCACCUUCGAAAGAGGAUAGCUUUUCUAAUAAUGAAUCUUAACUAAGCUAAUUAGUGGAUAGUGACCAUAAGAAUGCAGGAAUUGAAGAGUUUGAAAGUUAAAAGCAAACUACUAUUGACGAUUAGAGCACAUUGAAUCUUCAGCCACAAGAAAGCUAGACUAAACUCGAAUUGCCACCUUAACCUCCUAAAAAGAAGAGAGUGAGAGGUAUAAAGACUACGAUGCGUAUUGUCGAUCAGUAUGUCGCUUAAGUAUUCAAGAAAGUGAAGGAAUCUGAGGAUGAAUUUGUUGAAAAUCUAUCCACCCCACUCAACAAGGAUCCUCUAGAAAUCCUGCUACAUCUUCAAAAUGCUGUUUUGGACAAUGAAUUUGAAAAUGCUGUCGCUUUCCAACAAUCAGUGUUGCCAGUAGAUCUCUAUCUGGACCUUGAGAGAAAUAAACAAAGUGUUUAAGCAGUUGACUUUAGUGAUGAUGAGGAUGCAGUUAAUAACAGAAGUAUGAUGGGUGAAUGGGAGAAUAUUCAUAACAAAGUUAUUUUCGACGGCAUCAAUGAAGCUCUUGAUAAUUUUAGACCUUAUGGGUUGAGAGGUCCUCCAAUGCCAUGGAGUCAACAGACAAGAACAUUGACAUAUAAGAAUGGACAGUAGAUUGAUACUGUAUUGAAGCAAGUGAGAUUAAAGGUGAUGGAGUGGGCCAGAACUUUCUCAGGGGCGCUUCCUUGCUCUGAGUUAUUGCUUGAGUAUGGUAUCAAAGGACCUUUAGAUGAGGACAAAUUAAAUUUGCUGAGAGAAGAGAGAUUAGCUCAAGUCCUUGCGGCUGAAAUAGAAGAGAAUGAGAUGUUAUGGACAGACUACGAGUAUGAAGAGACUUAGACUAAACUAGAUGUUGCUGACAUGAUCUUAGAAUUUUUAGCAGAAGAGGCAGCUAGAGAUCUAAACAAAAUUUAGCAAUCAAGAAUGCCACAGAACAUCCUAGGCGAUCUUAACAAUGACAGCACAACUAUGGCAAGUGCAUCAAUUUUAGCUUCUCUUAAGUAAUGA